GAAUACUUUGGAACAGAUUUCCAAAAUUAAAAUCACUUGGAGCUGAUUUGAUAAGGACAGAUAYGGGAACGCAUGACUGCUGAAGCCUAUGUCCUCUCAGCAUCACUUUGCGAUAGGCUUCGUUCCGCGUAGGGACAGAAAAGCGACCGCUCCAUCAUGAAUGCGCACGUCUGGUGGUCAAAGAGAUGCGUGCGCGCCUACUGAGUUGGUAAAAAAAAGCAGCAGAUUUCAAAUGAGGCUGGACACCAGACGACCGUAGCCAUCCAGAACACGUUGUCUUCACGGACCUGAACAACAACUUGGAUUAAGAAAGUACACCUUGUUUUCUUGUUUCCAAAGGAACGCAUUGAAGAGAAGAAAGGUUUGGGUGAAGUUCGGAUACACUCUUGGCUAGUUAUAUUUCUGAUGUGUUUUGCCUGUGCAAUCAUGACAUUUUGAGAGGAGAGAAACAGUCAUUCAUUUGGACAACCGUGAGAGUUCAGUUAAAGCUUAUUUUACACCUGUGACCUGAUACGGGAUCGACUUUGGUUGAGGAGAUUAUAUGCCAAAUGGAUGGAAAUGCAAACAUAAACUUAAAUGCAAAAGUAUUCGCAUGGUUAAAUUAAAAUCAAACGAAUAAUGACAAUUCUAACAAAUUGAACCAGUUGAGGAUUCAACCGUGGGAUUGUUUCAAACCGCAUUCAUCAUGCAAAUGUGUUAAAUGCAAAGACAACGCAAGAGAUAAAUAAUAGUGCGUAGGCUACUGGGCUGCUAAUAAAGUGUUGUCGUGAUGGUGCGCCUGCUAAACUACCUCAUGCUGGGGUACCUGACCUGGAAUCUACGGAUAUCAGACGCACAAGGAGAGUACUGCCAUGGGUGGCUGGACAGUAAUGGAAAUUACCACGAGGGCUUUCAGUGUCCGGAGGACUUUGACACCAUGGACGCAACCGUGUGCUGCGGGUCUUGUUCCCUGCGGUACUGUUGCGCGGCCGUGGACGCACGGCUGGACCAGGGAAGCUGUACCAACGACAGAGAACAGGAGAACACGGAGUUUGCAGCGCAGCCCAUCUACGUGCCCUUCCUGAUGGUGGGCUCCAUCUUCGUGGCCUUCGUGGUGGUGGGCUCCCUGGUUGCUGUCUACUGCUGCACCUGCCUGCGGCCCAAGCAGCCUACACAGCAGCCUAUCCGUUUCCCCCUGCGCAGCUGCCAGACCGAGACCAUCCCCAUGAUCCUGACCACUGCGCCACCCAGCCUGCGCACCCCCUCGCGCCAGUCCAGCACGGCCACCACCAGCUCCAGCUCGGCUGGCGGGGGCAGCUCGGUGCGCGGAGGUCAGGGGCAGCAGCAGCACGGGUGCUUGGUGUCAGCAUCUGCAUCCUUCUCCCCCUCCACGCCCCAGCCGCUGCUGCCACCACCCCCGCCGCCCCCCUACACCUCCCCCACGGCCUGCAUGCCAGGUGGCUGCCAGCAACCCCACGCCCACGCCCAGCUGCACCAGCCCAUGCACCAACACCCAGCCCAGGGCACGGGCUUCUUGCUGCCCCAGCAAUACUUCUUCCCCCUGCAGCCGGAGCCCUUCUCCGGGGCCAAGGGCUUUGCAGACUUUGGACAGAGCUGACGGGGCUCCACGGGCAAUGAGGAGGGGGAUUACAGGAGCACUGUGUGAUGUGAGCAGGGUUGUGUUCACUAGGCACCAAACGGAAGAAAAUGGACCGAAACAGGAAGGGACUACCUGAACCUGUCCAGUAUGAGUUAGUUUAACGCUGUGAGACGUUUUAAAUCAGUGAACGUUACUGAACAUGAGCCUGGUGUGUUGUGUUGACAGACAGUCAGCGGCUAAGGGGAGGACUGCGCUGACGUGCAGUACAGUUGGCCUGUUGAAUGGAGACUGGGUGACAGGACAGUUAGGCGGUGCUCAAGAUGAACCACAAGAAAUCUCCCUAGUCGAGCAGAAUACAUGGGUCUUGUCUAAGUCAGUGGUUCCCAAACUGUGCGGGUCG